AAUUGACAUAACUUUCCAUAAUCAUUCAUACAAUUACUUUUGGUUCUAUCUACCUAUAAAUAAACAUCUCUUGACUAGUUUCAGCUAUUACAAUUUACGAAGACAUGAAUCAUCGUCUUUCCGGAAUAAUCAGCCCACUUGAUCACAUCACCACCGAUCCUAUUCGAUCCUCCUUCAAGCCUCCGUUACCGGUUUACUGCAAAACCACAAUUAACCAUUUAAAAUCUCUGACCGGUCUCGAUGUUGCACCUGGCCUCACCAAUCAAGAGAUCUCAGCCGUUGAAUCUUCUCUUGGUUUCCCCUUCCCCAUUGAUCUCCGUUCGAUUCUCCAGACGGGUCUUCCCGUGGGUACCCAUUUCCCCAAUUGGCGAUCCGGGUCGACCCGGAAUAAUCUCCUCCUUAUCGUCAACCUCCCUCUUCUUCAUAUAUCCAAACUCGUCGUCAGAAACGGAUUCUGGGUUGAUUCUUGGGGGACCCGACCCGGAUCCGACGCGGAGGCUUUAUCGCUGGUUAAGAAAUUGAUGGAGUUUGCUCCGGUUCUCGUCCCGGUUUACGAAAACUUCUACGUCCCUUCGACGACGCCGAAUUUGGCGGGAAAUCCUGUUUUUCAAAUAGACGGCGACGGAGUUAGGGUUCUGAAUUGCGACGUCGCUGGGUUUCUCCAAGGACUCAAUCGACCAGACGAUCAUCGGGGGUCCGGUAAAUUACGACGACGUCGAAGAGUGGGGUUUUGGACUGACGUGGCGGAGAGAGGAAGAGUGGCGGUGGCGCGUGGUCAAACGUGCGGAUGGUGGAGCGCGUUGAGUUGUGAUGAUGGGUUAAGGGAGUGUUUGGACGACGCGUAUUGGAAGCUGAGAGAGGCAGGAUGGAAGGAGGACGAGGUUCGCGAGAUGAUGAUGAUGAUGAUGAUGGACGGAUUAGAUAGAGACACGUGUCCGAAAGCGUUCUCUUCGACGGUGCAUGAAACGGUCAAGCGUGACGUGGCGUGCGCGUUUGGUGCAGAUGGAGACACGUGUAAGAAGGAUGAAGAUCAUCAGAAAGGCGGAGAGGUAACGACGUUGAGGCAUCUGCUUAAUACUCUAGAUCCGUGAGUUUAUAUAACCAUUGGAUCAGCUAAAAUGAUCUGUAGAAUAUAUAUUGUUACUACUAAACUGUAUAUGGUUUAGAACUUUAGAUGAACAUUAGGUGGUCGUGUAAAGAAUUUCAAACACCAUGACGCGAGACUUUGUUUCACCAAAGAAUUUGCUUUUCUAAGUUAAUGUGUUCAACUACUAAA